CGGCCGCGGCCUUAGCUGGAUCCUGCCGAUGCUGGCGCUAGGGCUUUUACGGCACAUGAGCGCGUCGUCGAACAUCGUUCAUGAUUGCGACGAGGUGUUCAAUUACUGGGAACCGCUUCAUUAUGUGCUGUACAAAUCAGGGUUUCAAACUUGGGAGUAUAGCUCUCAGUUCGCUCUUCGUUCAUACUUGUACAUCUUUUUCCAUGCAUUAGUUGCUGGACCUGCUUCCUGGUUCUACAACGAGGAAAAGGUUCGAGUUUUCUACUCAGUCAGACUCUUUCUUGGUCUCAUCUCAACUAUUACAGAGAGUGCCUUGGUUGUUGCGCUUUCAAGGAAGUAUGGAAAGAGGAUGGGUUCUUACACACUUGCACUGUUAUGCUUAACCAGUGGUAGUUUCUUUGCAAGUACAAGUUUUCUGCCAAGCUCCUUCUCUAUGUAUGCUGUCACUCUUUCAUCAGCUUUUUACCUCCUUGAGAAAUAUGCUCUGGCCGUUUCUGUAGCAGCAGCUGGCGUGAUCAUUGGCUGGCCUUUCUCUGUAUUAGUUUUUUUACCUGUGGCAGCAGCUUCAUUAUAUUAUGGAAGAUUUAAACAGGUUUUACUGUCUGGUCUGGGAACAUGUUUGUGCACUCUUGCGCUCUCUGUGACUGCUGAUUACUACUGCUAUGGAAGAUGGACAUCAUCAGUCUUCAAUCUGUUGGUGUAUAACGUAUUGGGAGGUGGUGAGAGUCAUUUGUAUGGAACUGAAGGACCCAUGUUCUAUCUUAGGAAUGCUUUCAAUAAUUUCAACUUCUGCUUCAUUUUUGCUCUGCUCUUCUUGGCAAACUUGCCAAUUGCAAGGAAGAAAUAUGCUCCGCAUCUGCUUGUUGUUAUAUCUCCGAUGUACAUUUGGUUGGCAUUUAUGUCUUUGCAGCCCCACAAAGAAGAACGGUUUCUCUAUCCAAUAUAUCCACUAAUAUGCGUUGCAGCUGCUGCUGUGAUAGAUAGUAUCCCUGAUCUUUUCCGUGACAAAUAUGCAAUUGAUGAAUCUCUGCUUGUUAAGGUUGCUAAAGGGCUCAGACCAGUAUUUCUUGGUCUAAUAUUAUGUGCCUCUCACAGUCGUACAUUCUCCAUAUUGAACGGAUACUCUGCUCCUAUGGCUGUUUACAAGCUUUUAGAUUAUCAUUAUGAAGAUGUUGGAAGUGAUUCUGUACUCUGUGUUGGAAGUGAGUGGCAUCGUUACCCUUCAUCCUUCUUCAUACCCUCUUUCAUAGGCGAAGUUAGAUGGAUAGACGAUGGCUUUCGAGGGCUUCUUCCAUUUCCUUUCAAUUCAACCUUGGGAGGCACUGCAUCAGCUCCGCCUUAUUUCAACAAUAAGAACAAGGCUUCUCCUGAUCAAUAUCUUAGGGAUAUCGACAGAUGCACCUUGCUUAUAGAACUUGAUCUGAAGCGGCCAUACCCUGCUCGUGGAAGUGACUUGUCGAAAUGGGAGACCCUAGCAGCCGUGCCUUAUUUAGACAGAGAGAUGUCUCCAGCGCUUUACCGUUCAUUUUUCAUCCCUAACCUAUGGCAACGGGAGAAUGUUUUCGGCUUCUACAAAUUGCUCAAAAGAAUACCCAAGACCGACUCUGGACAAAAUUAGGGUUCCGAGCUCUUUCUUUCAUCUUCUCCAGAGUUCUGACUUGUAGGUUGUGUGUAAUUACUGUAAUCUUAUUAAUGUCUGGAUGUAUCAGCUUAUUUAGCAUGAGGUUGACAAGUGGGAACAUUUGUUGUACAUUUACUGUUGCUGACUGGCUUUCGCUGAUUAUUUGUUCUUUUUUACUCUUCACUACCCGGGAAUGAUCUGCAUCUCUGUUUGGUUUGCUGCAAAAAUAAGCAACUGUUGCACACAA